GGGCCAGGAGGGGAGCCUGCGGGGGGCGGAGCGUCCAGCUCUGGGCCCGGGGGUCCAAAGUGCUCAGCCCCCAGGGCACAGCCGGACAUUUGGGGGCCUUCUUUCAGCAGGGGACAGCCUGAUUGGGGACAAUGGCAUCUGUCGGCCACAUCUUGGUUCUCUGCGUGGGUCUUCUUGCCAGAGCCAAUGCAGAAGCGCCACAGGAACACGACCCAUUCACCUAUGACUACCAAUCCCUGCGGAUCGGAGGCCUCACCAUCGCCGGAAUCCUCUUCAUCCUGGGCAUCCUCAUCAUUCUCAGCAAGAGAUGCCGAUGCAAGUUCAACCAGCAACAGAGAACUGGGGAACCAGAUGAAGAGGAGGGAACUUUCCGCAGCUCCAUCCGCCGUCUCUCCACCCGCAGGCGGUAGAAACACCUGGUGCCAUGGAACUCGGCCAGGAUUCCCCUGGCACCUGAUGCGUCCCACUCACCUCCUGCUCACCUGCCACCUAGACUGCCCCCUUUCCCAGCCCUGCCCCACUGAGUCUCCGAGCCUCUCAGAUUUCCAAUAAAACGUGCUUUUCUCUCUUGA